UAACAGGCAGCUGAUCAUGCUUCUUUUCUCCCGUCUGCGCAUGCGCCAUCAGAGCUCUCUUGGAUGCAGAGCACACAGUCAAGACCUAAAUAACAAGUUUUCAUCAUAAAAGCAAACUUCAUUACACCGACUGAUGGAACUCAGAGAUAUGUUGCAAACUUAGCUUUAAUUCAACAAUUCUAAAAACUAAUUUUUCUUCCAUAGAGGGCUGCAGCGUGUCAUCCUUUUUCAUCAAAGUCUAUUUUUUGCAUCCUCCCUGACACCAGCUCAUGUCUUCCAUCAACCUCUUCCUUUCAUACAAUUCUAUUUACUCAGACUGAACAAGUCUGGGAUGCAUGUACAUAAUUUAGUGCGGUACACACCACGUGCCAUCUGACAGAUAGAUUUACACAAAGGUGUUCUCUUUCACCUCACAGACUUGUACAUCAAUGAAGAAUAUGGCACCAUUUAGACAGGAAAUUCCUUGUUUCUCCAUUGCAUGUUUUUAGUUUCACAGCUAAUGCAAAUGUCAACUCUGUCUUUUGAGUCUCUCUGUUUAGAGGAUGAUGAUCCAUCUACCUCAUUAAGACGAGGCUUGGAAGAUGAUUUGGACGCAGACUUAGAUGCUACAGAUGACGAAACCUUGGGUUCGACAUCUGUAGCUGAUGUCUACCUACAAGCCUGCAAGUUGUUGGGUGUUGUUCCAGUGUCCUCCUUCAUCCGGAACCUCGACUCUCCCACCAUGACCCUCAGCCACUAUGGUCUUGAACCAUUGGGGUGCAAGGCACUCGCUAUUGCUUUGGUGGGUGACAUGCAUGUCAACACUCUGGAACUGGCAGACAACGACAUCCAAGCAGAAGGAGCCAAGGAUCUGGCAGAAAUGCUAAAAGCUAAUUUCACCAUUCAGCAUUUGGACUUGUCCAACAACCAUCUUCAUUCUUCUGGUGCUGAGCAUGUGGGUAAAAUGUUGCUGGACAGCUUUUCACUAAAAUCAAUCAAACUUUCAGGAAAUGGAUUUAUAGACGAUGAUGCAAAGUAUUUUGCAGAAGCUUUUUCUGUCAAUGUAAGUAUUAAGGAAUUAGACCUCAGCCAUAAUAAGUUUUGUGGACGCGGAGGAGAGUAUCUUGGACUGUUGUUAGCAAAUGCCGAGCAUCUGGAAGUGCUGAACCUUUGUUGGAAUCAACUCAGAAUGAAAGGAGCUGUUGCGUUUUGCGCCGGACUCAAGGUGAAUACAAUGUUAAAGCACCUUGACCUAUCAUGGAACGGUUUUGGGAACGAAGGAGCCCUAGCAAUGGGUGAAGCUCUGAAAUCCAAUCACACUCUGGUGCACCUCAAUCUCAACAACAAUCGCAUCACCAAUGAAGGUGUCAGCAUGCUCUGCAGGGGUCUCGAAUACAACGACAACCUACGGGUACUGAUGCUAGCUUACAAUUCACUAACAGUAGAGGGAGCACUGUCCCUUCUCAAUAUGGUGAAGAAAAUGUCGAAAACUGCCUUGGAGGAGAUUAAUAUAUGCAACGUAUUGGUCAAUGAAACCUUUUUAAAUCUGCUGGAGGUGACGUGCGAAGAUCAUCCUGGUUUGGAUGUGCAGUACAGAGGGGUUGGAGGAUUUAUUGCUAAGAAACCAGUAAAACGCAUCGACCCAAUGAAAGUCAUCCAGGACUAUCUGGAUCAACGCAAGCUACGUCUGUGGGAUUUCUUCCGAAAGAUUGACAAAGAUGCCACCAUGCGAGUUUCUGUGGUUGAUUUCAGGAACGCAAUCCAGCAAUCAAGCAUUCCCUUGGAUCGAUUUCAAAUUGAGGAGCUUAUCCAAAGGCUCGAUCGCGACGGGACGGGAAUGGUGGACUACAGGGGACUGGUGGAUACCAGAAAGCAGAUGGUGCAGAAUCACCGGCGACAACUGCGCAAGGUCGCAUCCCGUCAGAAGAAAGAGAAGCACAAGAGCGAUCGCAUCCUCAAGACGUUCCAGAGCGCCGUGGAAGCGGUGACGCCGCACGGCUCCGUGGUCAUAUCUCCAGGAGACACCAGAGAAGAUUCCACCGGGCCUCAUCGCUUCUCGGCUACUCCUUUCAGCUCUUGGCACCACAUUGUGAUGUCAAGCAGUGGUACGGUCUCCAACCCCAGCAGUGACCACCUGCCCAUGUCAGCAGGGGUGACGCCAAGCCGAUUCAUCAAGUCUUCAAAUUUACACUCAUGUUCUCAACCCAACCUGCUGAGUGGUUCCGCUCAGUCUGCCCAAGCACGGGCCGUACGCUCCAAUCCAGAGAUGGGCCACAGCAAGCUUAAGCAACCAAUCGUCAACCACCUGACCAGGUCCAGACCUGCUCUUGACGCCACGCAGCUCGGGAUUAACACCAAGAAAGAGAAGGAAUCUAAAGCAAAGAAAGAUAUGGCAAAAUACUCAAAGAAUCCCAAAACAUUUUAAAAAAUAUAAUCAGAACCAAUGUGUCUCAAUAUUUUAAAAAUAUAAAUGUGUCUCAAGCUUGACUCGGAAAACUGAAUAAACACAAACGUGCCUUCAUCAUUCUGUCCACCUUUCAG